CGGCCAUUGCUUUUAAUGCACGUGGCAGUUUUUUUCAGAUUCCCGACAACGUUCCAGGGGUAAAAUAGAAAUUUCACUCGGUUGGUAUCUUUCUUCCACCGCUCUCUCUCGGUUCGGCGAAUAGAAAAAGAGAGGCGAGUUGCGGGACCAAAUCAAUGCCCCCCAUUGGUCCCUCUUUUUAGAGAGAGCGAGAAGAAGAAGGCGACGAGGAAGCAGCAGCAGGAAAAUGGAGUAGAAGAAGAAGAAGAAGAAUCAGAGCCUCUGUUGAAACGACAUCACUUUAGGGAAGAAGACAACUCUACUCACCACUAGGAAAGCGAGUUCGAGUUUCCUCUGCUCAAAGACCUUAAAAAAAGUGACCAAUGGGAGCGAUUGCUGGAGAGGAGCUGAAGAAAAUGGACAAGACACAGGUGCAUGUAGCCCGCGAAGAGAAGAUAUUGGUUCUGGUGAGACUCAGACCUCUCAACGACAAAGAGAUCUUGGCUAAUGAAGCUGCUGAUUGGGAAUGCAUCAACGACACCACCGUCUUGUACAGAAACACUCUGCGUGAAGGCUCCACUUUUCCUUCCGCAUACUCAUUUGAUAGAGUGUACCGAGGUGAAUCUCCAACAAGACAAGUUUAUGAGGAUGGCCCCAAGGAAGUUGCUCUCUCGGUUGUCAAAGGAAUCAACUCUAGUAUUUUCGCAUAUGGUCAGACGAGCAGUGGAAAGACAUACACCAUGACUGGUAUAACUGAGUUUGCUGUCGCUGACAUAUUUGACUAUAUAUUCAAGCAUGAAGAUAGGGCGUUUGUUGUGAAAUUUUCGGCUAUAGAGAUCUACAAUGAGGCCAUCCGAGAUCUUCUCAGCCCGGAUAGUCCACCACUGAGGCUGCGUGAUGACCCUGAGAAAGGGGCCGUCGUUGAAAAAAACAGAGAGGAAAUCCUGAGAGACUGGAACCAUUUUAAGGAUCUUAUCUCAAUUUGUGAAGCCCAGCGCAAGAUUGGCGAAACCUCAUUGAAUGAGAGAAGUUCAAGAUCUCAUCAAAUUAUCAAACUAACAGUUGAAAGCUCUGCUCGGGAGUUCCUAGGAAAAGAGAACUCAACCACGCUCAUGGCGAGUGUGAAUUUCAUUGAUUUGGCGGGGAGCGAGCGCGCGUCGCAGGCAUUAUCAGCUGGUGCAAGACUUAAGGAGGGUUGUCAUAUCAAUCGAAGUUUGCUGACUCUAGGAACUGUCAUACGCAAACUCAGCAAUGGAAGACAAGGACACAUCAACUACAGGGACUCCAAACUCACACGUAUUCUUCAGCCGUGUUUGGGGGGGAAUGCCAGAACCGCCAUAGUCUGCACGCUGAGUCCUGCAAGGAGCCAUGUUGAGCAGACCAGAAACACUCUUUUGUUUGCCUGUUGUGCCAAGGAAGUCACCACGAAGGCACAGAUCAAUGUGGUCAUGUCAGACAAGGCUUUGGUGAAGCAACUGCAGCGUGAGCUAGCCAGGCUCGAAAGCGAGCUGAGAAACCCAGCUCCUGCCACCUCAAGUUGCGACUGUGGGGUUGCGCUAAGAAAGAAAGAUCUUCAGAUACAAAAGAUGGAGAAGCAGCUCGCAGAAAUGACCAAACAGCGGGAUCUUGCUCAAUCUCGGCUUGAAGAUUUCAUGAAGAUGGUUGAACACGAUGAGUCUUCGAAGGCUGGAACUCCACAUUUCUGUAAUGGUACAAACAAGUGGGAGGAUGGUUCAGUGUCAGAGACAUCAGUCAUUGUCGAUCCAGACAGGACUAGUUUCAUAUCCGAUGGCACGUCAAUGCCUCAGUCGACUGCAAGAGCUUCUGUUAGGUCUCACUCUGACGAGGAUCUGGAGGAGGUAUUGUCGCCUGGUGAUCAAUCAGAAGAAUACUGCAAAGAGGUACAAUGCAUUGAGAUGGAAGAAUCAUCAGCCAGUGACGUUAUUAACCACGAUGAAGAAAGGACAGUCGCAGAAACACAUCUGGAGGUAAACUCUGAAACAGGUCUUGCUCAGAACAGGAAUCCAUCAAGUGUUAGAAGCGUAAGAAUGAGGAAGAGUUGGAGCCGCGGAGAAGGGACAAGUACUCCUCCUGAUGCCCUGGAGACUGACUACUACCCUGGAAGACCGGAGGUUCAUGAUGUUGCGUUGCCUGGAUUAGAGUUUGGCUCUGGUAUGAAAUUGAUGAGGAGUGAUUCAAUGUCUUCUCGCGGAAGCGAUUCCACUGAGGCUCACAGCGUUGGAACACCAAUGGUGGGAGACGAUGGAGGUAUCACCAGCAUCAGUUCAUUUGUCCAAGGGCUCAAGGAAAUGGGGAAUGCCAUUGGUCUGGACAAAGAAGAGGUGUCUGGGACAUUGACGAACUGGUCGGAGGAAUUUGAGAGAAAGAGGGAACAGAUUCUGGAACUUUGGGAGACAUGUAACGUCUCGUUGGUGCACAGAACUUACUUCUUCUUGCUCUUCAAGGGAGAUCAAGCAGAUUCGAUAUACAUAGGAGUAGAGCUAAGAAGACUCUCCUUUAUGAAAGAAAGCUUCUCUCAGGGAAACGAAGCCUUUGAAAGAGGACAAACCCUUACAGUAGCUUCAAGCCUGAAGGCACUUCAGAGGGAGAGACGGAUGCUAAGCAAGCUGGUGGGGAAGAGAUUCUCUGGAGAAGAAAGGAAGAGGCUUUACGAGAAGUUUGGGAUCGAUGUGAACUCGAAACGCAGGCGGUUGCAGCUGGCGAACCAGCUGUGGAGUAAACCCAAGGACAUAAUCCAUGUGGUCGAUAGUGCAGCAGUUGUAGCGAAGCUGGUUAGGUUCGUGGAGCAAGGAAGAGCUAUGAAGGAGAUGUUUGGUCUUAGCUUCACGCCUCCGCUUCCGACAAGUCGGAGGUCUCAUAGCUGGAGGAAAAGCAUGGCAACGCUUUUCUGAUAGUGAAACACGUUGGAAGUAUGAGGUUGUAUUUGUGUAAAUCUUCUAGGUGGGUUCUUGGCGUAAGGGGAGCUUCUCUGUUUCUUUUGCUUUUUUAACAGGGGCUUUGAUUUGGAAAUAGACAAGACUUUAUCUGAUUCUGAUGUUCUGUCUUCAUUGGUCAGUCCUUGUAAUAUCCACUCUUGUCCUAUUUUACUGCAACUAAAAACCUCUUCACAUGUGCCUAA